CUUUCUGUGUGUCUUCAUCAUUUCCCCUGAUUUGCUGUAUUUAGCCAACAUUGACAGUUCUCCGCAUGUAAUGAAAACAGUCAAGCGAGCGGUUUCGAUAGCAAAACAACAUGAUUGGCAAGCAAGCAGCAGUACGUUUGAAGAAUUCCUCAGCAGAUCGGAAUUGUCAACCAAUUUUGGAUUGUUUGCAUAAAGUGUUGGAUAAAAAUCAAUACGGAUUGCGGUUGUUGGAAAUUUCAUCGGGUACUGGGCAGCAUGUUCAUUUUUUUGCACCUGCAUUUCCCAAUAUUGCGUUUUAUCCAAGUGAAUAUGAAACAUCGAUGUUUGGCAGCAUACGUGCAUUUACUGAAAAUCUCGACAAUGUUGCAUUACCCAUGAAUAUAGACAUCCGACAACCAUUUGGAAAAUGGAACUGGCAUGUAGCAAAUUUGCAACCAACGAAAGUGGCAGGAACAUUUGAUUACAUUCUCAACAUAAAUAUGAUUCACAUCACACCAUGGGCGUGCACUGAGGGCUUAUUUAAAAAUGCAUCUGGAUUGUUAAAACCAAAUUCCAUCAUGAUCACAUACGGUCCAUAUGCAUCCAACGGUGUUCUUAUCCCCGAAUCUAAUGUCAACUUUGAUCAAUACCUCCGUUCGACCAAUUCGGAUUGGGGAGUUCGUGAUUUACGUGAUCUACAGCAGUUGGCACUCACCUACAGCAUUGGACUGGAGAAAAUAUUCGACAUGCCAGCUAAUAAUAAAGUAUGUGUCUGGCGAAAACAAGGAAACAAUGCACACAGCACAAAAUAAAUGAUGACAACGAUGGCAACAAAAACAAUCAAAGCAAUAAUGAUUUUAAACAACAACAAAAUAAGCGUAAUUUUGUGUUCACCAAGUGAAUAUUCUAUAUAUAUUUUAAUGGGAUAUACUUUUAACAUUAAAUAUUAAACCCUCCUGCUCAAAAA